AUGACGUUCGUUGACUCCGUGUCCCUCAUUCCAAGCCUCUGGUGCAGCGCCGGUUUGCGCAGAAUUUGCCACGUACACCGCACAAGUUGCCAGGAGCAAUUCAUCAACAGACCCGCGUGCACGUCGGCACGGCUUGUUUCCGGUCACUUCGGGAUUGAGCACAAUGAAAUGACCGGAAAGGGGGACUCUCCGCCGCGAACCUGUCGCACACGCGGUGCCGACACCGUGACGCAGCUGCUCCGGCACAAGGGGGGCGGGGAAGUGGCGGUGGCGGAUAUGUCUAUUUUGACGGGGGGAAGGGCCCACUGCGCGCUGAGGAAAAGCCUUCGAACACACACGUCCUGCGCUCAAGUGGAAGGGGGUGACAACUUUGGAAGAGAGGUUUGCCGCUUGGCUCCGCAAUGGCACACUGAAAUACUUUGGGUGAAAUCAACGGGUACCGGUGGGAGCGCUGAGGGAACUUAA